CACUCAGUUUCCGCCCUCGGAUGAGAAAUCUAAGCCAGUGAUUUUCUGGUUGCCUAAUAGCACGACGAACUGCCUGAAUGAAUCAGUGAGAGGUCUGAGCAGCUCCGCAGGGGCCGCCUCCCAGCGCCGCAGACAUGGCCAACAGGACCAGCGCCCCCGCCCCGUACGACAGCUACGAGUACUACCUGGAUUACGUGGACCUCAUUCCCGUGGAUGAGAAGAAGCUGAAAGCCAACAAACAUUUGAUUGUCAUCGCCUUCUGGGUGAGCCUGGUGGCUUUCGUGGUGUUUCUCUUCCUCAUCCUGCUCUACAUGUCCUGGUCAGGCUCCCCGCAGACCAGGAACAACACCCAGCACCACCCAACAUGCCCCUGGAAUCUCGGCCUCAACCUCUCCCUCUGCUUCUGGAGGCACCCCGCACGUCACAGGGCUCCUGAUGGACGCUGCAGCCUCCACCGAGCUUGGUUGAGGGACCAGGCAGCGGCAGAGCAUCUGGCCCCCUCCAGCGGCUGCAGUGGGAGAGCCCCUCCAUCUUGCUGCCCACCGCCCCCCAGGCCCACCCUGCUCUCCUCUGGGACCUGGCCCUCGAUGGGGACCCGCAGGGCAUCCGCUGACAUCAGGAACAAGCCCAGCGAGCGCCCGCUGCAGACAGAACCUCUCGAUGUAGAACCAACACCGGCAAAUGGGGGUCAUUGCUGAAGGAACCGGGGAAUUCAAAACCAACCUGGACCCACAGGUGCCCUCUGAAGGCCUGCAUACAGGUAGCAGGCCUGCAGCCAGGUCAAGAAUGACUCUACAAGGGGCACGUCUGUGCAUUUCUCCAAGGCUGGCCAUGGCCCAUCUAGUGAGGGAAGCAGUCCCCAAAGAGCGCUCAUUUUACUUAACCUGCCGACUUACUGCUCAUGCUUGCUUUGGGAAGGGUAGAAAAAUAAAGUAUAUAUGAAUUAAAGAUUAAAGAAUACUAAUCUUCGCUAUGCCA